GUCGCGCGGCAUUAGAGCUGCAGCAGCUGUCUGAGCCAUGCAGCACUGCUUCACUCACACACUGCUGCUCAGCGCGUGCGUGCUACACACAGCGGCCAGCGGCAAGGACAGCAGUGAGCGGAGGUCGGAGCUCCAGCCGGAUGAAGUAGCCCAGUGGUGGGGCGAAUGGAGCAGCUGGAGCACCUGCAGCUGGACCUGCGGAGGAGGGGUCCGCUCCCAGGAGCGCCACUGCCUGCAGCAGAGGCUAACCACCACGCAAAACAUCAACAGCUCCUUCUGCAUAGGAUCUCCCAAGCAAUAUCAGCUCUGCACCAACCAGCCGUGCCCCAACAGCCGAAUCAGCUUCAAACAGCACCAGUGUUCCCAGUUCAACGCCAAAGCCUUCAGCAGGAAACAUUACGAGUGGGUUCCCCUCUACCCAGAUGAUUACAUCAGCAUUUCCAACAAGCCCUGCGACCUCCAGUGCACGACCACCACAGGAGAGAGGCAGCUAUUGGUUCCAGCCCGUGACGGGACCUUCUGCAGGGAUGGCGUCUAUAAAGGGGUCUGCAUCGAGGGCCACUGCCAGGUGGUGGGAUGUGAUGGGAAAUUGUACUCCAGUAAAACCGUAGACAAAUGUGGCGUCUGCGGGGGAAACGGAGACUCUUGUUACCGCGUCUCAGGAUCUUACCGGAAAGGGAUCACACAGUUAGGCUAUGCAUUUAUAACCAACAUACCUAAUGGAGCCACGGACAUCCAGAUCAUUGAGCGACGGAAGACUGAAAACAUCUUGGCUCUGUCUGAUGAGUCUGGUCACUUCUUCUUCAAUGGAAACACUGUGAUUGACAAUCCGCGAAACUUCCACAUAGCAGGAACAGUAUUUAAGUACAGGAGGCCAGCGAACCUCUUCUCAGAUGGCUUUGAGUAUAUCAUGGCCCAGGGCCCCAUCCAGCAUGGUCUGAACGUCAUGUACUACAACCUCAAUGGAAAAAUGCCUCACAUUACAUAUGAGUACACAGUGCCACGAGUACCAGACACCAGGACGGCCACCCCAGCCUCGUACACCCUGGCACAGCCUCAGCUGGGCAGCCUCAUGGUGGCUGCACUUAAAGCUCCAGCCGUUCCAGAGCCUCCGUCCAACGCCUCCUCUCCGCUUCUUCCUUUUUCCGGGAAUGAGAUUGAGGCUCGUGAGCGGUUAAAGAAGAAGGGGAACCAGAGCAAUCCUACUGCUCCUAAAGAAAAUGUGGAGGUGCGUGGGGGUCCUGAAGAUGUGCGGUGGGAGCUCCAGACUCCCCAUAACCUGAGCAGCUCAGCCAUGGUGUUGCCUUUCAGACCGGCUGAGCUCCACAAUGAGCUGGAGAGCAGUGUACACCGUCCUGUCUUUGGUUCAGACUCUAACCUUAUCGAAGGUGACUCCUCCAGUCUGAAGAAUGAGACGCAGGCUGUUGGUCAGCCCAUGGUGAAGAGUCUCCUGUAUGAGCUGCUGUCUCAGGCUACGGGCCCCCGCCUGCCGUGCCCGGACCCUGACACUGCCGUGCUCUCGGACUGUGCCAUUUUAAAGCUGAACGCCAGCUCCUCUCUGGAUAACAGCCUGGCUCUGGAGAUCUACCCCGGCAGCCUGGACCUGCACACCUCAGACGGAGAGCUGGUGCUGGACCAGCAUCCUGAGGCCAACAGCACCGGAGCUCACCAAACUAACCUCCUCCAGCUCCACCAGGUAGAGCCAGUGCAGGUCCCCCACUCUGAGAGUAAUGAGUUUGACGUGGUGUCUCUCGACCAUGACGUCAGUCUGGCUGAUAUGUACAGAUGGAAGGUAUCUGCGUACGCACCCUGCAGUUCUACAUGUACCACAGGCAUCAGCACCUCGUACGCCCUCUGUGUGAGGUAUGAUGGCUCAGAGGUGGACGAGAGCUACUGCGACGCUCUGACCCGACCUGAGCCCACUCAUGAGUUCUGUACAGGCAAGGAGUGUCCACCAAGGUGGGAGACGAGCCGCUGGAGUGAGUGUUCUCGGACGUGUGGGGAGGGUUUUCAGUUUCGGACGGUGCGCUGCUGGAAGAUGAUGGCUCCGGGGUUCGACAGCUCUGUGUAUGAUGAUCUGUGCCACGCUGCAGAGCUGCAGAAGCCCAUGGCACGAAAAGCCUGCAAGAGCAAGUCCUGUGGACCUCAGUGGGAGGUGUCUGACUGGUCUGAGUGUUCAGCGCGGUGUGGAGGCCGUGGUGUGAGGAGUAGGGAGGUGCGCUGUUCUAUGGACACUCGACUGUGUAAUGAAUCUACUCGGCCCCCCAGCCAGAGAGAGUGUGAGGGGCCGCCGUGUGACCGCAGGUGGACGGUCUCUGACUGGGGGCCUUGCUCAGGGCUGUGUGGGGAAGGGCGGAUGACGCGGUACGUGGUCUGUAAGAGUGGAAACGGUAAAGUGAUCUCAGACGGUCAGUGUGAUCCAGACCUGAAGCCCCUGGCAGUGCACCCCUGUGGAGACAGAGUCUGCCCCGCCCACUGGGUGGAGCAGGAGUGGGAGCAGUGUAAUGCCACCUGUGGCCGCGGGGUGAAGACCCGGCAGGUGGUGUGUGCAGGACUGGAAGCCGGAGUGUUUAAGGAGUAUCCGGAGCACACGUGUGCUGGAGUGCUGCAGCCUGAGCAAAGUACUGCCUGUUUCGAGAGACCCUGCUCCAAAUGGUUCACUACAGCGUGGUCUCAGUGCAGUAAGACGUGUGGCAGUGGUGUGCGGGUGAGGGAGGUGAAGUGCUACCAGGGGGAGGAGAUCGGCCAUAGCUGUGAUUCAGUUCUGAAGCCGCAGGCCAGACAAAGCUGUGAGGUACAGGCCUGUCCCACCGAGGCACCAGCUGAGGACGCUUGUCAGGACAAGGCGACGGCUAACUGCGCGCUGGUCCUGCGGGUAAAGCUGUGCACACACUGGUACUACAGAAAGGCCUGCUGUCUGUCCUGCAAGACGAAAGGCCAGUAAACGAGCUGCUGGACCCGAGCUGUGGUAUUCCACACAAUGUGAACCCCCUCACCCCACACGCUGGGCGCACUGUAAACCCGCAACCUGCAUAAAGAAGGUGCUAUGAUAAAGGGGUCUGCUCCACAGGCCCCCACCGGCAGCUCCCGUGACUGGACUGCAGUCUCUGGUCCACUGGUUGAGAAGGCACUGCAUGUGGUUGACCACAGUUAACUGAUGCUGUCUGAUUACACUGAAAAGAGUCAUGCAUUGUAUUUACGUGCCAUAUGUAUCCAUUUCUAAAAUUGGCUGGGAUUUUGCAGCAACACAAAGCAUGAGACUUCUAAUACACCCACCCCCAUGCUUCACA